AUGGCAACAGCUUCCUAUCGUCCAUGUGUGCAUCUCAGCAUAAAAGUGCUCCGCGGGAGGAACAUCACACUUGGUUCCUUUAAUGAUCUUUUGGACACUCCUGAUCCAUAUGUAAAGUUGUUCAUUAGAACAGCACCAAAUGGCAAGAAAAAAACCAAAGCGAAGAAAAACACUGCUAACCCAGUCUGGGAGGAAGAGUUCCAAUUCCUUCUUAACCCGGAUGUGGAAAACGAUUUAGAAAUCAUUCUGAUGGAUGAUGAUACACUAAGUGAUGAUAUCGUGGGACAUCGCCAGACACUGAACCUCAAUGGUUUGGAGCUUGGAAAAGUGUAUCAGAAAACUUUAGUUUUUCGCCAGUCCGCGGAGGUUGAUGUGGAGAUAAAAGUUGAAAAAUGCUCUGUACCCACGGACAUGAGGUACAGCAUAAAUCUGUGUGAGGAAGAAAAUGACUUUCGGCAGGAAAGGAAAAAAAAAGUGUUUGAAGCCAUGAAGAAGCUUCUUGGAACGAGAGGGCCACGGACUAUUGAAGAGGUGCCCUCCAUAGCUGUCCUUGGUUCAGGUGGGGGUUUCCGUGCUAUGGUUUCCCUCAGUGGUGUGUUCUGUGCUCUCAAAGACAUGCAUGUGUUGGAUUGUACAAUGUACACUGCGGGACUAUCGGGAUCAGCCUGGUAUCUUUCCACGUUAUAUUCUCAUCCCGGCUGGCCGUCCGUUCAUCCAAGCGAAAUCAGAGAAGAAUUAAGAGAAAACAUCAAGGAAAGCUGGAUGUACAAGUUGACACCUUCUUGGUUGUACAAGCACAUUCACAUCAUCGGGGAGAAGAAGUCACGUGGACAACCUGUUAGCUUUACUGAUUUCUUCGGAUACCUUGUCGGAGAAACCAUUUUGAAGGACCGGAAAAAUGUUCCAAAACUGAGCGAGCAACGCUUGGUGGUAGGAGAUGGUAAGGUUCCAUUUCCUCUCUACACCUGCGUGCAUGUGAAAAAAGAUGUGUCUGCAUUAGAGUAUUCAGAAUGGAUGGAGUUCAACCCUUACGAAAUAGGAAUGUCAAAAUAUGGCACUUAUAUGAAAACAGAGCAUUUUGGAAGCAAGUUUUUCUGCGGCAAGCUUCUGACUCCAGCCUACCCUGAACCAUCACUAACUUACUUACAAGGUAUUUGGGGAAGUGCUUUCACUAUUCUACUACAACGAGUUCUUCACGAGGGUGAAUCUCAUGAAAACGCGAUCAAGAGCAUGCAAAACUCUGGUGAUCUGAGAGAAGAAUUACACCAAGCAGAACCCGAUGGGGAUGAUGAAGACAGUGAUGAAGAAGACGAUGGCAUGGAUGAUGUAGACGGCCAGCAAACAGAGAUGGAACCAGAAGACCAUGAUCAAAGCUUCCUGGCCAGAGUCAUGGAGGGCUUUAUUGAAAAAUGCUCAGUGCUGAAGACACGCUCUGGUCGAGCAGGCCUGGUGCACAACUUUUUGCGUGGACUGCAGCUGAUGACUGCCCCAGUCCCCUCUGAAGCCGUUGAAGAUAUCACUGAUGCCGCUGACCAGCUAGCCAUGAAGGACAAGCGCAUCUACUUGGUUGAUAGCGGUCUCGUCUUCAAUUCGCCAUAUCCUUUGCUAUUGAGACCUGAGCGAGAUGUGGACAUUUUUCUGUCAUUUGAUUUCAGUGCUCGAGACAAGGAAGAGGAGAUGCCUUUCCAGGAACUCCUGCUGGCGGAGGCAUGGGCACGAAAGAACAACCUGAAGUUCCCUCCUAUUGACGCCGAGGAACAGUACCAGAAGUACGGUUUAAAAGAGUACUACGUGUUCGCCCACCCGACGGAUCCUACCUGCCCUGUGGUGGUGCACUUCGUGCUUGUCAACAAGACUUUUAAAAAACAAAGCCGUCCAGGAAUCCCUCGCAGAACCGCCAAGGAGAGAGAGUUCGCAGACUUCUCAAUUUUCGAGGAUCCAGAAGGCCAUUAUAGCACGUUCCACUUCACGUACGCUAGGGAAGCAUUUGAUCGCCUGGCAGAAUUGAACAAGUUCAACACCCUGCUUGCAGAGAAAACCAUUAUGAAUGUCAUGGCUGACUGUGUGAGAAAUCGACGAACAGACAAAGCAAAAAAUAUUGGCUCUAAUUAACAAUUCCAUGACGCGAUGUAGUUGAGGAACAAUUCAUUGUGAUUGACUUCGAUCGAUAAAUGUCCCAAAAUUUACCUGUGUGUAUGUAAAAAAUCAGGACGAGGUGUUAUCAAAAUUAUCUCAUUGGAAACUCUUCCGGCAUUCCACGGGAGGGGAACUCUCUAUAGACUCUAUAUGAAGCUGUUCGUCAUACAUUUAUCGAUUAAAAAUCGAGGAAUUUUUUUUUCGCGUAUAUUUUAGGACGCAGCCAGUAAAACUUGGCGUUGAUAUCGUUUAGAAC